AUGGUCGUUCGCGCCAGAAGGCUCACGGCACUGGCUCGGCUGGCAGCUGUCGCUGCCAGUGUAUGCUUGGUGUGCAUAGGAAGCAUCACUUUCGUCGGCUCUUGCCCAUGGAGUCGUGGAAUGUCGUCUGUGACUCGCUUAUCUGCGCACCGCCGGCCUUAUGACGCACAGUCCGAUGAGCACUUAGCUCCCAACCUGGAACUCAUCCGCGGAGCAGCGGCGACUGGACUGGCAAUCCUCCUGGGUUUAUUUGCCGCGCUGUCGCCAGCGUCGGCCGAGAGCAAACGGGUGGUGGGCGAGAUUCCUGCAUCCGGAUUCAUUUUCAAGGACACUAUCAACGUGGAAGCUUUUGAGGAUCCGAAAGUUUCUGGUGUCUCGCUGUACAUCUCCGACUUCUCUCGAUCCAUGGCCGAUCGGGUUAGCAAAGGCGACUUCUUUUCGGACCCGGGGGCUGCAGGCCUGACCUGCGCCAGGAACGGACCUGUAAUGAUCUCCCCAGAUCUAAAGCCGAGCAAGGAGGGAGAGGACGUCUUCACGGAAUCACGUGCCAUCCUCUUCAAGACGUUGAAGGUGAAGCGUAUUUAUGAUGCAGACGCAAAGAACAUCCUCUACGUGGCCUUCACAGAAAGGAUGGACAACAAUAACGACAGCAACAAGAGUCGCUUCAAGAGUCAAGUCGUUGCAGUCCAUGUUGAUGGAGUGAGGGACAAGGCGUAG